AUGGGACUCCUGUCAUCCAUCGAACGAUCAUCCAUCUCAUCCAUCGAGCACCCAUUUGACGAAAGCACACCCUUUCUUGACAAGAUGCCUAGCUCAACUAGAUCCGCAUCCCCGGCGCAGUCGCAAUCGGAGUCGCAACCGCAGUUGGAAGUACAAGCACAAUUGGAAGCAGCAGGACAAUUGGAAGCAGCAGGACAAUUGGAAGCACAAUCUUCCCCGACUGACAAAACAUACGGCAAGACUUGGGUUGGCAUCUUGCUUGGUAUCUCGCCAAAUUCACCUCCGAGCGAAGCUUAUGGUCAGGUGAACUCGAUUAUAGCAGCUGUUGUUGGAGUUAUUGGUAUGCUGCUCUUGGCAUUCACAAUUAGAGGCUGGGUAUCUCCAAGCUCUGGGUGCCCUGCUUGUGCUCCUUGUCCGGCUUGUCCUCCUCCUUGUCCAUCGAUAGCAACCGCAGCCCCCGUUAUUGACUCUCGCGAUGUCUUGAUGGCACCAUUGGUUCCUAUUGUUGGCCAUCGGGUUAUCUACAAUCACUUCCAGCAUCUAGAGGGUGAACCCACAACGGACGCUGCCGACAAUAAAGACAAGGUUGCCGGACAUUAUCAGAGAGAGUAA